CAAAGAUGAGUCCUCUAUCCAUCUCUAUGGACAUGCACCAUUGUUCAGAAUAAAGAAAGCAGCAGAUGUGAAGACGAUCAUUUUUGUUUCCGUUUCUAUGUAUUACUACAGAUUAAGUCUGAGGCUGGUAACAUCAACAGUGAGGACAAACCCAGUCACUGGGUCCUGAUUGUGAGAGUGGAGCCCAGUUUGCACUGCAGGAUCCAGAGAUGACAUCAGUGAAACUGGAAGACUGCAGUCAAACACUGGAGCUGAAAGUCAACAUUAAAGAUGAAGAAGAGGAGGAGAAGAUUGGCACAUCUGUUAGUCAUGGAGACCAUGUUGAGACAUUAUCUGCAUCCAGAGAGCAACAGCAGGAACAUCCCAGAGCUAAGAGGCCUCACCACUGCCCACAUUGUGAGGAGAUUUUCCCAUUUCUAUCAAAGCUAAAAAUACACCUACAAAUACACACAGGAGAGAAGCCUUAUUCCUGCACUGACUGUGGGACACACUUCACAACAUCAAAGGCUCUGACAGUUCAUCAGAGAGUGCACACUGGAGAGAAGCCUUACUCCUGCUCUGACUGUGGGAAGAGUUUCUCAGGAUUGGGUCACUUAAAAAGACACCAACGUAUACACACAGGAGAGAAGCCUUACUCCUGCUCUGACUGUGGGAAGAGUUUCUCGCAACAGAGCAGCUUAAACUCGCACAAACAUAUACACACAGGAGAGAAGCCGUACUACUGCUCUGACUGUGGAAAAUGCUUCACAGCAUCAUUUGAGUUAAAAGUUCAUCAGAGGACACACACAGGAGAGAAGCCUUACUACUGCUCUGACUGUGGGAUGAGUUUCUCUCAACAGAGCAGCUUAAAGUCACACCAACGUAUACACACAGGAGAGAAGCCUUACUCCUGCUCUGAUUGUGGCAAGAGUUUCUCUCAUCAAAGCAGCUUAAAAUCACACCAACAUAUACAUAAAGCAGAGAAGCCUUACUCCUGCUCUGACUGUGGGAAGUACUUCACAACAUCAGCUGAGCUAAAAGUUCACCUGAGAACACACACAGGGGAGAAGCCUUACUGCUGCUCUGACUGUGGGAAGAGUUUCUCUCAAAAGAGCAACUUAAAAACACACCAACUUAUACAUACAGGAGAGAAGCCUUUCUCAUGCUCUGACUGUGUGAAGUGCUUCACAACAUCAUCUGAGCUAAAAGUUCACCAGAGAACACACACAGGAGAGAAGCCUUACUCCUGCUCUGACUGUGGGAAGAGUUUCUCUCAACAGAGCAACUUAAUAACACACCAACGUAUACAUAAAGGAAAGAAGCCUCAUCAGUUCUCUCAGGCCAGUUAAGAUUAGUCACUCCAUCACUUCAUUCUCAUCUCAUAAAGGAAGUGGUAACAGUGUAUUUGAUAACAUUACCAGAGAGUAACACUAUUGUAAUCCUAUUGUUUCUCACUGUGAGAGAACUGUGCAGAGAAAAGGGAGCGUUAUAGAAUGUUAGCCUCUCUUUACUUUACUGAUCAGUGUGCACCUUGUCAGUUCUGGUGUGUUUUGUUUGCUUCUACUGUAAAGAUAUUGAGAUUACUUUGGAUUUGCCCUUAGCGUUGAAAACCCUCUGAGGGAUCGCUUGUUAAAACAAUGGAGGGAGGUACUGCUUCCCUCUGCAGUUUUCUGUGGGAAUGAGUUAGUAGACACAACAUGUGUCAGAUAGAGAUGGUGUGAUGAUCAGUUUUCUGUGGGAAUGAGUUAGUAGACACAACAUGUGUCAGAUAGAGAUGAUGUGAUGAUCAGUUUUCACCUUUAGUUUGGGUGGAUACUUUUAUUCCUACUAAAUGUGUUUUGUUUAAUGAUACAAAUUGGUUUAUUAAAUUGUCUUUUAAAACUAGAUUCACUAUUUUAGUCAUUGAUGAUUAAUGUAUUUGGAUAACUGCAAUGAAUUUCAUUGAAUUACUAAUGAAAAAUAAAUGUUCUACAUUCAUUUUGCUGGUCAACCUCUGGGUUAUCUUUCAGAAAAUACAAUGUUUUUGUUGCCAAUCAAAAUAUAUUUACAUGAAUCUACUCAAAAACAUGUCAAUACACCUUUACACAUCACCACGGGGACAAGCCAUUUUGCUAGCCACCAGUAUUUUUCUACAAUGCAUACAAAUAUAUGUUAAUCAGUAUAAAGGACUUACAUGUUUUCUUAUGUAAAACCAGUUAAAUAAAAUGAAAAAUGUA